AUGACCUCAGACUCACAAGACAAUCAAUCAAUUGAGAUUGAUGUUGAAGACUUGCAACCUGUUUUGAUCAAAGCAAUUAUCGAUGUAUUUAUAGCCAAGCAGACUGUAAGGUUACAAAAACGACCCCGAAAUGCAAGCGAUGCUCCAAAGCAUCCCGGUUGGGAUCAGAUCAGCUCAAAGUCGAAAAAGAACAACAAGAUUGAUGCCACCUUUGCAGUCGAAAUCAAUAGACUCACUUUCACAAAGUUCAAAACCCAACUGGCUGAAGUAGCCAAUCGAUUCCAACCUUUUCUCUCCUCACGUCUUCUCACCGGGCCUGAGGCAAAUGAUAUCACCUGGGACAUUAGAUUCCGCCACAAUCGCAAGAAUUGGACUAUCAUACCACUUGAGGACGAAUCAAGAUGGACCGAGGCUUAUGAGCUUCUUAAAAAGAACGACAAUAGUAAAAUGGAUGUUGAGGCUCAUGUUCUUAUGGAUAACCCCCGGGUUGCUGCCAGAGAUGAAGCCACAAAAUCAAGUCUCUCCAGCACUUUGUCGGGUGGAAACCAAACAUUUCAAGCGACUGCUGCUUAUCAGCCCGGUCUAUUGCCUGUUGAACCCAUUGGGCCGAUCCAAGUUGAAGUGGCACACUUACGAGACAAAUACCAUAAGAAAACUGCAAGGGGCGAUGGUUGCGAAUUCACGAGUAGCUUGGGGAAGCUACCGCUAAGUCACUUACGCUUGACAACUUGGGCUGAAGCAAAUAUUAAUGGGGAUGAUGAAGUCGAUGACGAACACCCACCAAAGACCGAACUGUUCUCAAUGACAAAUGCCUCAGCCUUGUUUCCCCCUGUUCGAGGGGAAACAAUCAGAGCAACUCCACCCUCGGCGAGUACCUCUACAACUGCCAUUACAACCAACAGGCAUGCCGGCCCGUUCGAUGCAUCUGAUAGUGGUGUAAUCACCCCGCCAUUCGAAGAUUUCAUUUCUCGUGCAAAGAUUGACCUCAACUCUGUCGGAGGUUCAAAAAUCAAGGCACUUGGCUUCACGACUUGGAGAGCUUUUGAAGUGAUUGAAGGUUCAAUGACUUCUGAGAUUUUGAAGAAUGAAGGUCUUGAUCUAGGGACUCGUUCAGGAUUGCUUAACACAGCUAAAGUAUAUCGACAACAUUAUCAUGAUAAAGCAGCCACUGGUCAUAAUACAACUUAA